AGCCACAUCUAUUCCCACCAUCAUCGCAACAAAGAUAACAACAGUGAAGAUACUCGUCCCUGUCAAGGUUCACUCAUUUGGAAAACAGUCCCUGGCGACGACGAGCGGGAGCGGAGCGGGGCAUAGCCACGCCUCAGGCCUAGAUGAGGAAAGAAAUCAACACGACUUCGUUUUUUUUCUGAUCUGAAGUGGAAGCCCAAAAUUGCUCCCUCGCCAUGAAGGAAUCUGCCGUCGUGGUGGCCGCCCUGGUCACGCUGCAACUCGCCUCCUGCGGGGCUCUGGGAGGCUACCCUGGUUUUUGCAGUACUUAUUCCGAUGAGUAUGUGGCAGAAGCAGAAGCAGGGGCGGAGACGGCGACGGAGGCGGUGGCGGAGGAUGCCACGCAGAGGAGUGAUCUGGACUUAGACUAUAGCGAGGACAACGCCUAGGACGCAGUCGGGGUAGAAGUUUAUAGCUCGUUCAAGAGAUGAUCAACCAUUUAGCUUUCGUUGUCCAUCUUGUCAAGAGAAAAAGAACUCGAGUCUGUCGAUGCAUUGAGAGAGGAAAAAAGGCAAACAGGCAAUUGUGAUUUAGUGUGAUUUUUUUUCUUACAAAUAUCAUGUUCACAAACCAGAUGGAACAGCAGGCGGAGAUAUAUAACAAAGCCUGUCUGAGUGUCUGCUCAAUGUAUCAUUUCAUAUAAGUUAACCAAACUGCUGCACGCUUCAGAUGUGAAUAGCGUACCGUAUUUGGACGGAACUCGUGAUAGGCUAUAAUAGUGUUAAUCAUCUGGAACAUAAUUAGAUUAUCAUACCACAUCAUAUACUCGUUGGCAUUAACUAGUACCUGACCCUUAUAACCUUCAGCAAUAUACUGUAUAGGUGUUAUGAAGUCUGUAAUAUAAGGUUGUUCGAGUCACGAUUUCUUGAGAUAUUUACUUCUUGAGAUAUUCAAAAAUGUGCAAUAUACACACUAAGGUACAUAUAUAUAUUAGAGCACACACUCACACAUACACACACACACACACACACACUAGGCAUAUUUUCAUAAUUUUACUGAUCGCUCUCUUGUUGACUCCACUAUCUUAUGUUACAGUUUGGGAGCAAGGAAUGUACUUCAAUGAAAGGGUACAUUUCAGGAAAGUGUUUUAUUUCUGAUACUAACAUGGUUCUCAGUAGUUUUAGCAUAUGCUUUGAUUCAGUAUGUAGUAAUUUGACUGAAUAAACUGUACUUAAAUCUAUAGUAAUUUUUUAGUUUAUAAUAAAUAUAUGUUAUAAAA